CGAGUCUUCAUUCAGCGCUGCGCACGUUCACUCGAGCGCGGGCCAACUCUGGAGCACUUAUUUAUUUAUUUUUAUUUUUUUUACACGUUUUCGUUUUAUGUUGAACGGUGUUUGUUCUGUUCCUCGUAGUAUUGGGCUCGUUCGUGAGUGGCAAAGAUGCUGGACUUCUUCGCCAUCUUCAGUAAAGGGGGGAUCGUGUUGUGGUGUUUCCAGGGGGCCGGAGUGGCCGAGUCCUUCACCGGGCCCGUCAACGCUCUCAUCCGCGCCGUCAUCCUGCAGGAGAGGAGUGGCAAUAACUCCUUCACCCACAAUGCCCUCAGUCUUAAAUGCAAGCUGGACAAUGAGUUUGAGCUUGUGUUUGUGGUGGGUUUUCAAAAGAUCCUGACGCUGACGUAUGUGGACAAGUUCAUAGAUGAUGUCCAGCUGCACUUCAGAGAUCGAUACAAGAAUGAGCUGGAGCAGAGAGGCGCCCUAAAGUUUCUGCUCAAUAAUUUUGAGUUUGGAGAUGACUUCCGCAGACUUCUGCGGGAGGCAGAGGGCAGCAGCAAAGCCAAGGCCUCCGUCUCUAUGAGGACUUUCAAUGAGUCCCAGAAAUCCCAGAAAACUGUGAAGUCUAUGAUUGAGACAAAAGAUGGAGACAAAAGCAAGGAGCAAGGAGGCAAGAAAAGUAAAAAUGCCAAAAAGGAGGCUGAAUCAGGAGGGGAUCAGGCUAAAGCUGCCUCACAGACUGCCUCGAAAAAAGCUGUGGAGAAUGGAAACGAGGGCCUGACCCAAGAGGAGAUUAUCGAGAGGAACCGUGCCAAGUUCAUCAGCAAGCAGUUGGGUGGCGGAAAGCCAGAAAAGUCCAGUAAGUCCCCUAAACCCCAGAAGCCAAAGGGGAAGAUGAAGCGGGUGUGGGAUAUGGGCGGGAAGAGCUUUGGAGAGCUACUUGAUCAAACUAAUUGCAGUUUGUCUCUUCUUGUUUCUCUAGCCAAGAAUGUAGCAGCCGAAAUCGCCUCCCAGCUCUGCAACUCUGUGGCCAAGAAACUGGAAGGCAAAGUCAUGGGCACUUUCACCACUGUGGCCUCUACAGUAAAGCAGGCUCUGCAGGACUCUCUGGUGCAGAUCUUGCAGCCCAAGCGGCGUGUGGACAUCUUGAGAGACGUGCUAGAGGCUCGUUCUCAGCGCAAACCCUUCGUCAUCACCUUCUGUGGGGUGAACGGCGUCGGCAAGUCCACCAACCUCGCCAAGAUCUCUUAUUGGCUGAUCGAGAACGGCUUCACGGUGCUCAUCGCAGCCUGUGACACCUUCCGCGCGGGAGCCGUGGAGCAGCUGAGGACUCAUCAGCGCCGUCUGAACUCUCUGCACCCCCCUGAGAAGCACGGAGGGCAGCCCGCCGUACAGCUCUUCGAGAAGGGCUAUGGCAAGGAUGCUGCUGGGAUCGCCAUGGAGGCUAUCGCCUUUGCUCGUAACCAGGGCUUUGACGUGGUGCUGAUCGAUACCGCCGGCCGGAUGCAGGAUAACGGUCCUCUGAUGACGGCUCUGGCAAAGCUGAUCACGGUCAACACCCCGGACCUGGUCCUGUUUGUGGGAGAAGCGCUGGUGGGAAAUGAGGCUGUGGAUCAGCUGGUUAAAUUUAAUCAAGCGCUGGCUGAUCAUUCCAAGACUGACAAACCCAGGCUCAUCGACGGCAUCGUUCUCACCAAGUUUGACACCAUUGAUGACAAGGUGGGCGCUGCCAUCUCCAUGACCUACAUCACAGGUCAGCCCAUCGUGUUUGUGGGCACCGGGCAGACAUACAGCGACCUGCGCAGCCUCAACGCCAGGGCUGUGGUCAGCGCGCUCAUGAAGGCCUGAGAUGCACCACCCACAAGACCUGCCUCUGCUGCUCCAGCAACGGUUUCGCUACUGCUAGAUAUGAGACCCUGUGACCCUCUCAGCUUCCCGUGAAUGCAGACAUUUUGCUUUCCUACAGGUUUAACUGAAAUUCAGUUCAUAUUUAGGAUCCUCCUUGUGUUUUGUUCCAGCAAGAAAAAAAAAAAAGUGUUUCAGUUUGAGUGGAAGGAAUAUCAUUUGACUUGAUCUCACCUCAGCAACCAUUUUUGAUUGACAUGCAACACAGCCAAUCAGACAGCAAUGGUUUGGGUUUCAUUUAAAUAAUGAGAUAAUGGAAAGUAUUUUUGCACUUUUCCACAUCUGUUCUCUACGAAUAAGUGAUCUUGUACUUUCUGCCCACCCAAAAAAAGAUGGACUGCGAUGUUACGCAAAUGUUAUAAAAGAUAUAUAAUAUAUUCUAAAUCUAUUUUGUCUACUUUUUAUUUGAUUAAUGUAGGUACAUUCAGAUGAUGGCCCAGCAACCCAAACUCUCAUGAAAUCACUACCAUAGUGCCUCAGCUCAUUACAUUAGCUGUUGUUCCCAAAACAAUUCUGAGCAAACGCUGCCUUUUCUCAUUCUUCCUUUUAUACUCAGGCUUUUCAUGUCUCUGGAGAUGAAAAGUAUUAUAAGAUAUUGUAAGGUUUGGUGCUUGAGGUUUGAAGGCACCUCAGCAAAGAGUUCUAAAAUGCUGCGUAUACCAAACUGUCUGAAGCCCUACGAAGUUACAUAUUUGUUUUAAUUCAUUAGUGACUGUACUGCCAUCUUUUCUUUCAGAUCCCUACGCCCUUUUAUUUUAGAACAAAGUCAGGUCUUAAUUCUCGAUCACCUCGUGUUAAUUUGCGCUAGCACAAUGGCAAGACUGGAGAGCUUCAUAGAGAAGAUUUGUUGUACUUUGAGAAUGUGUAAUAUUUCUGAAAUAAAGCUGCUAUAAUAGCUUGUAA